UUGGACUCAACUGGAAGUCAGGCGUGUGAAACUAUCGCGGCCCAGGGCGUUAAGGACCCGGUCCUCCGGAUGGCGGGAGAGGGGAGCGGAGAGGACGUGGUGUCGGAGUACCUGGGCCAGAACCCGCAGCUGGCCGGGUGGGUGGACACCUUCCGCGGCUACUGUGAGAGCAACAAGCAGUGGCUGGCCCGGAGGGAGUUCAUCCUGAGGAACCUGGAGGCUUUCCCCACGGUGGAGCCGGGCCAGACCGGCGGGAGCCUGGACAGGCUGCUGUCUCUGUCCAUGGUCUGGGCCAACCACGUUUUCCUGGGAUGCAGCUACCCUCAGGCUGUCCAGGACAAGAUCAAGGAGAUGAGCGAGGGCAUCGUGGUGAAAGACCCUCCGGUUCACAAAACCACAAAAGAAGAAGCGGCGUCCCGUGGGAAGAGGAGCGCCGCCGGUGCGGCCCCCCCCGAGGCCCAGAAGUGGGCGCCCCCCCCGCAGGCCCCGGCGGAGCGGCAGCCCCUCUUCAACCGGCUCUACAAGGCGGUGGCCUGGAAGCUGGUGUCUGCGGGCGGGCCGGGGCCCAACCUGGACCACUUCGAGGUCCUGCGCAGCUGCGCGGAAUCCUGCAAGACGGCGCUGGCCUGCACCUUCGUGCCUCUGCGGGACAUCGAGGGGCUGCCGGCCGGCCGCACGCAGGACGGCCACGUGUGCGAGCUGCGCUGCCAGACGGUGUACCUGGGCACCGGCUACGGGCGGGACGAGGCGGCCGCACGCGCCAUGGCGUCCAAGGAGGCGCUGAAGGUUUUCCAGGGCCGCAAGGUGGCGGUCAAGGUGUGCCGGCGCCGCUUCAGGGGCCGCGACGUGGACGACCUGGUGCUGCUGGACGAGCAGCCGCGCGCCACCCAGGGCUUCCCCCCCGCCCUCAGCUACCCCUUCCAGGAGGGCCAGCCCGAGGGCGACGCCUCCUGA